CGCAAGCUUUUUUCAACCGUCUCAAUUGUGGACGCCUCGAAGUGGUCUUAAAACAGAACAUUGACCUAUCGUACAGCGCAACAGUCAAAGUUGACCGGCACGUCUUGGCCAAGGCAUCCGGCAAAAAGAGCGGUAAAGCUCAAACAAGGGCCAUUAAGCUAUUUUUCACAAGCUUGCGCAAUCAUUGCUACAGAAUUGAAACACUUGCCCCCAUAUCGAUGUUCCAAUCGACCACGAACGUCGUCCCGCGGCUGACCGCCCAACAGCUGCAGCAAGCCAACUCGCCGGAUCGGAUCAAAGAAAGUAACGUUGGUUUCCGGAUGCUGCAGAAGAUCGGCUGGACGGGGGGGCCUCUUGGCGCGAAAGCCCAGGGCCGGCUGGACCCGAUCGAGAGUAGCACGCUUCGCAAAGGUCGCGCCGGAAUCGGUGCGCCCCUGGAGGACACCAUCGAUCCGGCCCACUACCGGCAGGUGAUGACGGACUUCCGUGCUCGGAACGAAGGGCGCCCGCUAGUUUUUAGCCCGGAGUUUACCAAGCAGGAGUGUGUUGGGCUGCAAAGAAUUGCCUCCCAGCUCCGACUGGACGGUCGCGUUGUCAGCCUGCCAAAGGGCGUCAAGCGGUUCGCGGUGAUGGCGCCGGAGCUGCCGCCGCAGGAAAUUGUCCGCCGAGUCAUGAUCGAGAAGGACGCCAGCUUGAGCGGCCAGUACAGAGUUUUGCCACCCAAGCGCAGCGCCAGUUUCGUAAAAGUUAAGCCUGCUUCCGAUGUGGUCCCAGAUUGUCGCAAAGUACCGGAAACGGUCCAAGCAUCGAAAGAUCAAAAUGAUUCGGAAGAUUCGGAGAACGAUUCCCAAUCAUCGUCCGAUGAGGAAGGUUCACCAAAGGCAGCCAUUAAGCAGACAGACAACGCAAUCCUAGACAGUUUGACCCAUUUUAAACCGAUUCGGCCACUGCGGUCGCUAGAGGACGUGUAUCACAACUUGGUGCUCAUUGGCCACUCGGUUACACGAACUCGCAAAGAGUUUGAGAGGGUGGGCUCGGAUUCUUUGCAGUUUACAAACACGCAAACCCCGGAUGGUGGCUUUUGCGCCAGGAUUGUUGUUGGUGAGUUUGUUCUGGUCGAAGCUGGCGGUCGGAGCCGAAAGCUGGCCACAAGAUGCGCAAAGAAGGCAUUUUUGCAAAAAAGCGGUCAUGUUUUGCUACAAGCUUACGCCGAAGAAAGCUAAGCAAAAUUUUAGAAAUGCAAUUGCCAGAGAGGAAUGUAACAUUGAGUUUUACAGAGACAUGAUAAUCAACUUUGCCAAGGAUUGCGUUGAGCAAGAAUUGGUUUUUGGUGUCGAGUUCACCAACACUGAACAGAAAAUAUUGAAGAGCUUUGCCCAAAAAAUCAAUCUGCGUGCGAAUCAUUUCGGACCAAAGAACAAUCGCCAUUUGCGCGUUUACGGUCAGGGCCUUCCCGCACUGGUAAUUGUCGAACGCAUUGUUUUGCACAAAGAUCCCGCCCUGAGCGCACGGUACGAGUUGACUCCGCCGAGGAUCGGAGCACGAGUCGGUGGUGGAGACGGUUUGUGAUUUUGUUGUAAGGAGUUCAAAUAAAUGAUGCAUUGGUUUU